GGUUUCCUUUUUUUCUGGAUGUUCUCCGAAGCGAACCGGGUCGCACUCGACUCGAGCGAAAUCCGCAACACGAAGGCAGCAGAGACGUUUUUCUUUUCCCCGUUCCACCCUGACGCUGCAUGCACCCUGUGCGUGGUGUUCGAACCUCACGCCGUUUCGGUUCCGCGCUUCUUCGUUUUUCCUCUCGCUUUCCCUGUUCUUUCUGUUCUGCCGCUCGCAGCUGUCAAGCGCCGUCUUGCGCCUUUCCUCGCGGAGACCAAGGCGCUGACUCCUCUCUGCAGCAGGCGCGAAAGCUCUCCGGCGUCGCUGCUCCGCGUUCGCCUGCGAGUCCCCGUCGAGCGCGCCGUUUCUCUGGAGGCCCCGCAGCUUCUUUGUCUCCGUAGCUUCCGGUCCGCGUCGUCGCACAGUCUUCAGUCGCGCGGAAAAUGUCGGGAAUUGACUACCAAAACCGCGUCGGUCACAAGACCGGCAGCGGCGCGCCCGCCACGGCCCAGGAAUGGAACUUGGAGAGGAAAGAGAGACUUCGGCGGCUGGCUCUCGAGACAGUCGACCUCAACAAAGAUCCGUACUUCAUGAAGAACCAUCUGGGGCACUUUGAAUGUCGACUUUGUCUCACUCUCCACGUGAAUGAAGGCAGCUACUUGGCGCACACACAGGGGCGCAAGCAUCAGACAAAUCUCGCGAGAAGAAAGGAGAAGGAGAAGGCGGAAAGCGCCGUGGCUCCGGUCCCUGCAAAGGUUGCGCCGUCUCGCGUGGGCUUCACAGUGAAGAUUGGGCGCCCAGGCUACCGCGUCUCCAAGUUGAGAGAUCCUGACUCGCUGCAGAAGGCGCUGCUGUUUGAAAUUGACUAUCCAGAAAUCAACGAAGGCGCGAAGCCUUAUCAUCGAUUCAUGUCUUCCUUUGAACAACGCGUCGAGUCUCCUCCGGACACAAAGUACCAAUUUCUUCUCUUCGCUGCAGACCCGUACGAAACCAUCGCUUUUAAAAUUCCAAACAUGGAGGUCGACCGAAGCGAAGGCAAGUUCUACAGCAACUGGGACGCCGAAAAGAAGGUCUACACAAUUCAGCUGUUCUUCUUGAAGAGAUCUGUGAAGGCGCUACCAGCCCUGCCUCAGCGACCGACGUCUUUCCUCCCGGUCACUGCGCGGUGGUGAAGCUUUUUUGACAGAGACGCGUCUUUUGCUUUUCGGCGUUGAUCCUCCUCUGUUGCCUUUUUCGGCCUCAGGGACUGCUUUUUUCGUGAUUGUCUUUCAGCAACUCUCUGUCGCGAUUGCCCGGGAGCAAGUGCUCUUUUCUUGAAGGAGUGAAUUCGUUUCGUCGCUUCCAGCUGUCUCUUUUUUCUCGUCAUUCUCUCGUGCAUGCAU